CUUCUCUUUGCCAUUACUGGACAUUCAGUAUUUUUUUAAAUUGUUUAUAUUGACAAUUUUUUAAAAGCGAUCUAUUAUAUAAAUUUGUUUUAUUCCCUAGUUUUGCAAUGAUAAUUAGGCGUAUAAGUUUAAUCAUAGUACCUUUAAAUCAUUGAGUUGGUAGGUAUUAUUAAUAAUGCCUGUACACAAUGGAAUGACAAUAAUGGGCUACCCGCCACAGUCUUGACCUAUAUUUGUUUUUGUUUGACCAUGUGUGGACACCAGACACGACUGGAAGAAAUAAAUCGAUUGAUAACUAUUUCUAUAAUCGUAAACGUUGCGUUUUGUCCACAGUCCAGUGUUCAUUCUUCAUAUCACUGAUAAACAUUAAACAUGAAAAACUUAAAACCAGUAUACUCUACAGAAUACUUGUGAAUUAUUUAGUUUUUGUAGGUAGAGCAUUAUUUUUGUUGUUCGCUACUCCGCGUUAUUAUUGUUUAAGUGAACUAUUAUUCUAACUUAUAAAAAGUGUAUAAUGGAGGGAGAUAACAUAUCAAGUAACUCUGGUGGAGGAGGAUUAUUGUUGCGAUAUGCUAGCCAAAAUUCGUUGGAUGAAAGUUCACAGAAACAGAUACCUAAGUCGUGUAGACGAGAACGAGCUCCAUACAGAAACAAUUCUCAUACAGUUCGUGCAUUUGAAAUUUUACAAUCACUUCGCAGGGAUGAACUAUUAUGUGAUAUUAAGUUAGAAGCUGAUGAUGGUACUGUAGUUUGUGGUCAUAAAAUAAUUUUAGCUUCAACUAGUCCAUAUUUCCAUGCAAUGUUUACUAGUUUUGAAGAAAGUAAUAAAGACCGUGUUAUAAUUAGAGAACUAGAUUCUACGGCAUUAAAGUUAUUGAUAGAUUUUAUUUAUACUGCUCAAAUCAUGGUCACUGAAGACAAUGUACAGAUUCUGUUACCUGCUGCUAAUCUAUUACAACUACAUGAUGUUCAAGAUGCAUGUUGUGAUUUUUUACAAACUCAGCUGCAUCCUACAAAUUGUCUUGGUAUCAAAUCAUUUGCUGAUCUUCAUGGAUGUAUGGAAUUGCUAUCAAGUUCUGAAUCGUACAUACAACAACAUUUUUCAGAGGUAGUUGAAGGAGAUGAGUUCCUAUCUUUAUCCCCCGAGCAAGUAAUAAAAUUGAUCUCAAGCGAUGAACUUACAGUUCCAUCUGAAGAAAAAGUAUUCGAGUGUGUAAUUUGUUGGGUAAAUAAUGAAUCAAGUAUAAGAAAAGAAUUUUUACCACAGUUAAUGGAACACGUUCGUUUGCCAUUGGCUUCUAAAGAAUAUUUACUUAAAAGAGUAGAAGAAGAACCUCUCUUAAAAAAUAGCCUAGAAUGUAAAGAUUAUAUAAUCGAAGCAUUGAAUUUUCAUUUAUUAAAAUCUGAGCAACCUGGCACUAUACCUAAAACAAUUCGUACAAAACCUAGACAACCUGUUGGUUUGCCUAAAGUUAUUCUUGUAGUAGGUGGUCAAGCACCAAAAGCAAUUCGUAGUGUAGAAUGGUAUGAUCCAGAAACCAAUAGAUGGCAAUCAGGACCAGAAAUGAGCACGCGCCGUUGUAGAGCAGGUCUAGCCGUUUUAAAAGACCGACGAGUAUUUGCAGUGGGAGGUUUUAAUGGUUCAUUACGAGUGCGUACUGUUGAUAUGUUAGAUUUAUCUUCACCAUCUCCAUGUUGGGUACCAACAGUUGCCAUGUUAGCUAGACGAGGUACAUUAGGUGUUGCUGUACUAGACAAUUGUAUUUAUGCAGUUGGAGGAUUUGAUGGCACUAGUGGUUUAAAUAGUGCUGAAGUAUUUGACUGUAAUACUCAAGAAUGGAGAAUGAUCUCAAAUAUGUCAACUAGAAGAAGUAGUGUUGGCGUUGGAGUAUUAAAUAACUUACUUUAUGCGGUUGGAGGCUACGAUGGUCUAUCUCGUCAAUGUUUAAAAUCAGUUGAAUGCUAUCAUCCGAGCACCGAUUCGUGGACACCAGUUGCUGAAAUGAGUGUACGACGCAGUGGUGCUGGAGUAGGAGUUUUAGAUGGUGUGAUGUAUGCAGUCGGUGGUCAUGAUGGACCUGAAGUUCGCAAUAGUGUUGAAGCGUAUAGACCAAGUGCUGGAGUUUGGACAUCUAUAGCUGAUAUGCAUAUGUGUCGGAGAAAUGCUGGAGUGAUUGCAUUGGCUGGUUUGUUGUAUGUUGUGGGCGGUGAUGAUGGAGCAUCAAAUUUAGCUUCAGUAGAAAUUUAUAACCCAAACACUAAUACUUGGGCUAUAUUGAAUACAUCCAUGAAUAUUGGUCGAAGUUAUGCUGGAGUUACAGUUAUUGAUAAGCCUCCGCAUUUUAAUGAUUGAACUAUGUAGGUUUAUUGUUUUAAAACACUCAAAAGUGACAUAAUAUUAUUUUAAUUUUAGUUUUAAAAUAAGCUGUGUAUAAGAA